GAGCGGUGGGAGCACGGGGGAGCGGAGGAGCGGCGCGGCAGCACGGCCGUCGUCCCCUGGGAGCGCGACGCCGAGCUCGAGCGGGAGCAGGGCGAGAGCUUCCGCAGGCAGGCGCCGGCGCGUGACGAGCGCUGCUUCUCGCCCGUGGGCUUUCUGCCACCCGCCGAGCCCCACCGGCUGGAGUGGUUCCAUGCGCGGCGCGACCCCGCCCUGGAGCAGCGGGACUUUGAGGACGGGAGAUUCCGGUGCGAUGUGCCCCUGCCGCCCCUGACGCCCCUGGCGCCGCUGCCGCCCCUGACGCCGCUGCCGCCCCUGGCGCCGCUGGCUCGCGAGGGCGAUCGACCCGGCUGGGUGGACAGCUUGCUGGUGGAGCGCGGCUUCGAGGACCUGCGCAGGGACAGCCGCGGCAGGGAAGACGCACGGCCGAUGCGUGACCACGCCAGCCUGCUGUGCGAGCACCACGGCCGCAGUAGCAGCAUCGGCAGCAACCAGAGCCGCACGUCAAGCCGGCACCGCCGCUCCACCUCCACCGAGUCCCCGCAGCGCGCCGCCCGCACCGCCGAGGAAGACCGCGCCGCCGCCGCCAUCGCGCUGCAUAAGCCCAUCCUGCUCCCCUUGGGCCUCCCCGUGGGCCUGCCCGCGGGCCUCUCCGCGGGCCUCCCCACGGUCCUGCCCAUUGGCCUGCCGAUGGGCCUCCCGCCCAUGGGCAUGGGGGUGGUGCCACCGCAGUCCGCGUUGCUACCGGGCACGGAGGAGAUAGCUGCGGCGACGCCGCCGCUCCCGCUUGCCGGAUCGCGCGAGGCCGACCGUGACCGGCGGAGGAACCGCAGUGCCGAGCGGUCAUUGGACCGGCGCUCGUCCCGCCUGGAGCAGCUUCGCCGGGAAGAGUCGGGCUCGUCCGAACGCCAUGACGUGGACCGACACGGCCGCGGCUCGCGACACAGCUCGCCAGAGUCGGGUCGCUGGGGCCACGCCCGCGCCGGCUCUUACGACGGCCGGGAGCGUGUGGCGGCACCUCCGCGCAACUGGGACCGCAGACGCGGGGACCGCGAGCGAGAGCGCGACGGCGACAGGCCGCAGGCGCCGUUCGACCACCAGCACCACCACCAUCACCACCACCACCACGGACCGCCGGUGCCAGGCCUGGCGAGCACGCCCCGCGGGGAUUUGCCCGCCGAACUCGGAGCCGCGCGGCAGUCGGAGGACGGCAUCGCCGUUCGAGCGGCGCAGGAGCACGGCAGCCACGAUGGGCGAGCGGUCGACACUGCCGACGGAAGGGACGCGGAGAUGGGACCGCCAGGAGCCUCGUACGAGGAGUACGAGCCCAUCAGCGACGACGAACUGGACGAGAUGCUGGCCGACGGCGCAGACGGGUCACGUGACCCCAACAAGCAGACAGACCCCGCGGACGUGGCUGCGGUGGACUGGUCGAGUCUGGCGAACGAGUCGAAGGAGGUGGACGGAGAGCAGCGCGAUGCCGGCAUGGCACUGCUGCGCUUCACGCCGGGUGCCGUGCUCCUGCGACUCGGCGUGUCGGCGCGCCUGGCCGGGCCACGCCUGCUGCAGCGAAUCCGCGACGCCUGCAAAGAGACGUCUGCCAGCGUCCCGGACGUGGAGGCGAUGCUAGAGCAGGAGCUGGGGGCGCUGGGACGGGCCGUGCUGGGGCGCCGGCAUGAGCAGGCGGCCGUGCUGCACGUGGCGGCACCAUGCCACCGCGCCCUCUGCUACCGCCGGGACCUCGCCAUUCGCAGGCAGAUGCUGAGUGGCAAGAUCGCAGGCCAGCAGCCCUACGCGAACGCACCAAGCCUGGACCCCGAGCUGCUGAGAGCCAGCCUCAGGCUGUUCAAGCGGCGGCGUGCGGGAGGGCCGCCCCUGUCGCCCAGCGAUGACGUGUGCCUGGGCGUCCCAGACGUCCUGCACAAGAUGCCGGCGGACCGAUCGCUGUCCUCCUCACCCUGCUUUGUCGUCCCGUAGGGUUUGCGGGGAACUGUUCAUUGAAAAAAACUGUUUUGCUAGGACAUGCCGCGAACUGGAGGAAUUUUGUCUGCUGUUUGUUUGACAGUGAAUUUUUUUUGUGACUUCCAUCGCCUCGGACCGAAAUUGGAAUUUUCAAGCAAGAUUAUUUUGAGAUGUGCUGUAUUUUUUAAGAAUCUGGUCAGCAAUGCUCGAGCUGAAAUUCCUUUCCAGAGUUUUUUCUGGUCUCAAUGUGAUUCUGAUGGACAGACUUUGGGAAACUCACCUGCAAUGCUGUCAUAUAAAGAACAUUUGUGGCAUUCGUUUUCACUGGAACUGCACAGAAACUCAUUACUGCCUGCCCAGAUUGCAUCAGAUUUUAAAUCUCAAUGUUGUUUUCCCCAGGACUGGCUUUGUAUGUUGAACUUCUUUCGCACCAUACGGAGCCAACUGUACUAAUCGGUGGUGCCAACUUCUGUCGAAAUCUUGCAGUUGAAUGUUACAUUGUGUCGACAACACAUGUUAGCACUGCAUUCAUUUUACAACAGGCGGUCCGAUACUUUGAUUCACGCUAACGUGUUUUGUGUUUUCACAGUAAGUUGCUAUUUUUCUUUUUCAGUAAAAGAAAUACCUAGAAAAUGGGGCGUUUAAUGUGUGAUGUUUUUUUUGUUCACUGGAUCCUUUGCUUAGAAUUUUUUAAUUGCCACAGUGUGUCUUACAUUUUCAUUUGUAUGACGGGGCUGUGACUGCUCUUGCCAUUGAUGGAGACCGGGACUCCGUACGGACGGUUUUGCCACUCGGCCGAUCACGCCCAUCACGGUGCGAGCGCACGAGUGCAGCCUUCAUAUUCACCGAUGCGGAGAACUUGACCAGACCGCGGAUCGGGGUGUGGUUUAACCAAACUCUUGACGAACAAGCCGAGUUGCAUGAUGCUGAAGAGCGUAUUUUUUACCCGGUGCAAAAUGACUGAGCGACGUGGAGCUAGUUGCGAUGGGACCUGAAUCCUUGUAGCAGCGGCGAUAUCGGCCGUCGUUUCAUUGUUGACAUUAAAUGAACUCGUGAACACAUGCCUCGUGCAACUGUGAAGAGCGCAAACUUGCUCCGAAGUACCCACAUGACUGCUGCAGCAAGACAGCAGAUGACAGCUGCUGCUGCUGCUGUGGAGCAUCCAUCCCUUGCGUCUGGAAUGUGGCCUCGACUCGUGAACUGUGGCGUGUGUAUGGGACUCUUCUGCCGAGUUCGCUGUACACCGAGCUGCUGAUCUAUUCCAUCGAUUGUAAGUUCUGCUGGGCUGUUGGGACGCUUGAUAAUAAAGCCAGCCGGUAUUUUUUUUUUUACCGCGUCCUACCAAUGAACCCUGC